UACACACACAGUACAGAACACAUCUCCUAAACCACUUAAGCUACAAUAACCAAAUUUGGUGAGUACAAAUCUUAUUAGAACUUCUACCGACAGUAUGAAAAUGGAUGAAGUCGGAGGAUAACCCCGCUCACGUCUCAUAUAACGGUACUGUAAAAAACUACUAAAAGCACUAUAAAUCAAUAACUAAGUACGCCAUGACAUACAAUUUUACCACGAAGAUGGUAUGAGAAAGCUUUAUAGAAACGGUCCAAAAAUUGGAGGAUGGGCGUGGCAACGCCCACUUUUGGUGAAAGCCCAAAUUUCGGGACCCGACCAAACCAAUUUCGACAAAACUUAGUAUGUGGCAUUCUUGAAAUGGGUUGAAUCCGUAUUGGUCACGUAGCCCCCAUAUACUUUACAUAAAAAUUUCCAAACUUUGGGGUGACUUUGUACCGCAUAUACUCGUAUCGGCCAAAAUGUGAGUUAUCCCAAUGAAAAUUAAAGAACGUGUUUUACUCAUAGCAGUGUAUCUUUGUGCCUAAAAUAAAUAAAUUUGAGCGAAAACUUUGCAAAGGGGUUAGGGGUUAUCUAAUAUCGGGAUUUUAGAACGUCCGGCUGACUCUAUAUGAUUGGUUUUAAACCUGAAAGUAUUUCCCUUGCUUUGAUUCUUGCAAGCUGCAAGAGCAUAUCAUGUUCGAUUGCAUCCGAACUUAGCCCGUUUUUGCAUGUUGGAAAUAAUAUUGAAUAUUGCUAAAGAACCGUAUAUUUCAGUUUAUAUUAAUUAAAGGUUACAUUUUUAUAUUUUAAAUGAUAUUUUUAACAAACAGAACGUAAUUACCAUAUACUACUUAUGCGAUGAGUUCAUAAUGAGUCAUAAAUUUAGCAAAAGUAAAAUAAUUAAAAUAGAUAAGUCUCAAAUCAAUAAUACUGUUUAGAAGAAAAAAUUUGAUAUAAUCUUUCCUUUUUCUCUUAUGGCACAUGAUUUUUUGUAAUAACGGGUGAUUUUUUUGAGGUUAGGAUUUUCAUGCAUUAGUAUUUGACAGAUCACGUGGGAUUUCAGACAUGGUGUCAAAGAGAAAGAUGCUCAGUAUGCUUUGACAUUUCAUCAUGAAUAGACUUACUAACGAGCAACGCUUGCAAAUCAUUGAAUUUUAUUACCAAAAUCAGUGUUCGGUUCGAAAUGUGUUUCGCGCUUUACGUCCGAUUUAUGGUCUACAUAAUCGACCAAGUGAGCAAACAAUUAAUGCGAUUGUGACCAAGUUUCGCACUCGGUUUACUUUAUUGGACAUUAAACCAACCACACGAAUGCGUACAGUGCGUACAGAAGAGAAUAUUGCGUCUGUUUCUGAGAGUGUGGCUGAAGACCGUGAAAUGUCGAUUCGUCGCCGUUCGCAGCAAUUGGGUUUGUGUUAUUCGACCACAUGGAAGAUUUUACGCAAAGAUCUUGGUGUAAAACCGUAUAAAAUACAGCUCGUGCAAGAACUGAAGCCGAACGAUCUGCCACAACGUCGAAUUUUCAGUGAAUGGGCCCUAGAAAAGUUGGCAGAAAAUCCGCUUUUUUAUCGACAAAUUUUGUUCAGCGAUGAGGCUCAUUUCUGGUUGAAUGGCUACGUAAAUAAGCAAAAUUGCCGCAUUUGGGGUGAAGAGCAACCAGAAGCCGUUCAAGAACUGCCCAUGCAUCCCGAAAAAUGCACUGUUUGGUGUGGUUUGUACGCUGGUGGAAUCAUUGGACCGUAUUUUUUCAAAGAUGCUGUUGGACGCAACGUUACGGUGAAUGGCGAUCGCUAUCGUUCGAUGCUAACAAACUUUUUGUUGCCAAAAAUGGAAGAACUGAACUUGGUUGACAUGUGGUUUCAACAAGAUGGCGCUACAUGCCACACAGCUCGCGAUUCUAUGGCCAUUUUGAGGGAAAACUUCGGACAACAAUUCAUCUCAAGAAAUGGACCCGUAAGUUGGCCACCAAGAUCAUGCGAUUUAACGCCUUUAGACUAUUUUUUGUGGGGCUACGUCAAGUCUAAAGUCUGCAGAAAUAAGCCAGCAACUAUUCCAGCUUUGGAAGACAACAUUUCCGAAGAAAUUCGGGCUAUUCCGGCCGAAAUGCUCGAAAAAGUUGCCCAAAAUUGGACUUUCCGAAUGGACCACCUAAGACGCAGCCGCGGUCAACAUUUAAAUGAAAUUAUCUUCAAAAAGUAAAUGUCAUGAACCAAUCUAACGUUUCAAAUAAAGAACCGAUGAGAUUUUGCAAAUUUUAUGCGUUUUUUUUUAAAAAAAAAUUAUCAAGCUCUUAAAAAAUCACCCUUUAGUACAAUCCAUGUGUUGUCAACUUCGAUAUUCACUCUUCUAAAUUGAAUGCUAAAUGUUCUGCUAUUGUCGUCUGGUGGGCGACGCACAGUGGGGUAUAGGACCCCCAAAACGGAGAUUAAUUCAGGGAAGUAGUAUUUUUAAAAUAUUAUAAUUUUUUAUUAUUGAAUAAGCACAAAUACAUAAAAAAACUAGCAUUUCAUUUAGUUUAAUGACUGUCGUCGGAGUUGCAAGCCUCUAGUUCCUCCAUAUGUGCAUCUCCAGUUUCAUCAUCACUAUCAUCGGAUCGAACAGCACUUACUGAAAUAGUUGGCGGAAUAAGCAAUUCUAUUACCGAUUUUGGUAGGGCUUGAAAUUUUUUUUUUGGUAAUUUAAUUUUGCUGCUAAUGAUCGGAUCGGAGCUCAGUAGAAACCUGUUUAAAAUGUCUUCAUUUGAUUUCUCACGGCUACAUUUACGUGAAAAGUGCUCCCUAUAGCAUUUAAAGUCCUUGUUUCUAGCUUCUUGGGCUUCCUCUGAAAGUUGUCCGAUUGGUAGAAGUGCAUGCAAUACAAUUUCAGGGCCAUGAAUAAAAUAUUUGUGCAAAGUGGUAGGCAUUUUAUACCAUGGAUACAUUUUAACAUAAUGUCUGGCAGUGUUGUGACAAAAAUGUCUGAAUUUUUCAGAAUGUAUUUCAUGACCCGAAGAAACAGUUAUUAAUAUCACGUGCAUUUUGUUGAUCAGUUCUAAAUCGAUUUUAGUAAUAUCUGCAGAAACUUCAGCGUUUUCAAAGAAUCUUCUGGCUGUAUUACCAUCGUUAGAAUUUCCAAAGCCAGGCUUUGGUUGGUCGAUAAUCAAUCCGGUUUUGACUCUAAAUUCAUUUUGAAUGCGGGCUUUAGUAGAAUUUAUAAUUUGUUUAUCGGAUAAUGAUACAGCUUUCCACUUUUUUAUAGGUAAUUUGUAAGACAAGUGUAUGAGACACUCAAAAAAUCGAAUCCAUCCAUGUAAUAUAGACAAACCAAAUUCCAAGGUUUCUGUCUUAACAGGAUUCGCUAUCAUUUUUUCAAUAGAGUUAAACUCUUUAGAAGUGGAAUUACAAAUAUAACACCUUUGGGAUGAUGUAGUUUCUGUGCUUAUUGAAGAAUCUAACCAAUUUUGAUUUUGUGUCAAAAACCUCUCCUCAUGUCUGUUGGAUUUUGCCCAUCGAUCCUUAAAAUCACAGACAAAACGACAAAAAUUCAAAUUAAAGUCUUGCAUAUCCUCUGGAUUCGUUUGUCUUAUCAAUUCUUGCUUCAAUAUAUUCAACUUGUCUCUUAAUUGAGAAGCCUCAGCAUUUUUAAUAAUACUGUAAAGACUACGCCGAGAAAUGAAUCUUUUUGAGUUUAUUCCUAAAAUAUAAAGACUGUAUUCGUGAUAUUUCUUGUAUCAAUUAACAAAAUAACGAGGAGGCACAACACAUUCUAUAUAUUAACACUUAACAAAAAUAUAACAGCACGUCAUUGCUGUAACCCGAAAUAUACCACCACGACCACUCACAUCGAAUUGUAUUCGUAUUAAAUAGAUAUAAUAGUUAAUGUAAAGUAACACUACACACUUAUCAUCUGCUAUUUAAAUUAAGUUAUACAAAAUUGUCUAAGAACACGAGCGCGAAGACAAAAUAAACUUACCCUACACUUUAAAUAAACCAAACAACAAGGAAAAGAACACACAUUUUAGUUUUGGUGUAGAAUGCAUACUAAUAUUGAAAUAAAUAAACAUAAAUAACAAUAACAACAAUAUAUGAUGAUGAUAACGAAAGCGAAAACAAAACAAAAACUACAGCAACGGUUCUUCUCUCACUUUGGAUGACAUGCGCUUUUUUUACAAAAUUUGUUAAAAAUAGAAUUGGCGCAACAACGCGCAAGAUGUUUUUGUUUAUUAUAUUAGUAUAAUUCCUAAGCUUUAAAAAUAUAUAAAUUUCAGAACACGAAGUUGUCCGAUACCAUUUUAAAACUCUACAUACUUCUCAAUAAUGGCUACAAUUUAGACCUUUUUCCAUAAAUUAUUAAAAAUAGUUAUACAGGGUAAAUGUCGACUUGCAACUGCUUUUUUUGUUCGAAAUUACCUGAAGUUGAAGGUUCCAUAAUAAUAUUUGGCUUUUGAAUGUCAAAAAUACAAACACUUGCACUUGAAAAUACAAAAAAAUCACUUUUUGCAAAAACGCGAAAAAAUCGAAAAAACUACGAACUUUGAGACAACACAAAAAUUGAAUUAAGCAACAUACAGGGUAGGCCAUUUAAAGUUGACCCAUCUGGCAACGCUGCAACUUUUAACAGCGCUGACAAAUCGGCUAAUGUCAUACCGCGUUAGAAGCGUCAUUCGAAGACAAUUUAUACCAUGGAACAGUACACUCCAAAAGAACGCGCUGAAAUUGUUCAGCUUUAUAUUCAAAAUAACUUUUCAAUUGUGUUAACUCAACGUGCGUUUCGCAAAAAAAAUAAAGUGAAAAGUGCUCCAGUUAAGAACACAAUUAAGUCUUUAUACGCAAAAUUUGUGAACACCGGUAAUCUCAGUAAUGCCAGUCAUGCAUCCAGACAACGCACAAGACGUUCUGAUGAAAAUAUCGAAGCUGUACGAGCCAGUAUUGAGGAGACUCCAUCGACAUCGAGUUAUCGCCGCUCUCAGGAAUUAGACAUCUCUCGCACCACUCUCCGACGCAUAAUUCAUAAAGAUUUGAAGAUGUUUCCAUAUAAAAUUCAAAUGGCACAAAAACUAAACCCAGCUGAUUAUCCGCGACGCCUUAAUUUUGGCAAAUGGGCCAUCGGGCGAUUGAUAUCGAAAAAUGGUGAUGUUGACUGGCCACCGAGAUCACCAGAUUUGACGCCACCAGACUUUUAUUUGUGGGGUUAUUUGAAAUCCAAGGUAUACGCUAAUAAGCCAAAGACCUUAGCUCAACUGAAAGCCAACAUUCGACGUGAAACAGCCGCCAUAUCAUCCGAAACAUUGGCCAAAGUCAUGGAAAAUGUCGAAAAAAGAGUGCAUUUAGCUGUCAAAGCUAAAGGUGCCCAUUUACGCGAUCUAAUUUUUAAAUAUUAGCUGAAACAAAUCCCCUUGGACCAAAAUAAAUUAUUUUUGAAAUGAACAAAAAACAUUGUUUUCUUUUGUUCUUUUUUUUUAGAAAGAAAUGGGUCAACUUUAAAUGGCCUACCCUGUAUGUUAUCGAUUCCU